AUGUCUCAAGAGAGUCCCCUGAGAGUUCUAGUGAUUGUCUCACACCGAAGCUCUCGAAUGUCCAAAGCCCAGAGCAACCCAGAAGCCCUGCUUCCCAAAGCCAUCCGCCUUCUCAAAUCAACACAACUCUAUGUCCCACGAGAGACACACCCGACAACGAGACUAGUUGCAGCCCAGAAAUGGCGAACAAGGGUAUUCUUCGUCUUCGAUAUUGGCCACACAGCCUAUGAUGCCAAACUCGGCCAUUUGCCAGAGCAAAACCGGCUGCCGGUGGUGGUAGUCCAUUUGAGCAAGAAGAACACAGCAUAUUGGGCCAAUGCGUGGCUGUCGAAGAGAGUCAAUAGGGAUAUCGCCCUCUUUCACAACGCCAAUGGCUUCGGGGGAGUGCCACCUUUUGUGGAGGAUCAUACCGUUGGGAAGCCUGAGUACGUGAACCCAAGGGAUGUUGCGCUUUUCCGAGCGGCUUGUUUGUCAUGA